CCAUGGGACGGCCUGAUUCAGCCCUUCAGCUAACUAAAUUAAGGAGAGUGCAAAUCCUGGUCUACACUGAAAAGUUCUCCAGGUAUAACCAAGUCGGCGAGGCGUGUGAUUUUUCACUGCUGGUGUUAUACCAGUAAAAGCCCUAAUGUGGAUUCACUGACACCAUUAUUAAGGUGUCUUAUACCCAUAUAGUUAUUCCCAUCUGUAGUGUGGCAGCUGCCCCACUCCCUGAGAGCAUGGGCUGUAGCAGGUCAGUGCACCUGCACAGAUGGGCAGCCAAUCAGAGAAGGACUUAUUGGGAGCCAAUCAGGGCCAAUAUUAGAGCCAGCCAAUGAGGGCUAGGCUAGGCCCUAUAUAAAGGCUGCUCAAUGAGAGGAGAGGCAGUCUGUCCCAGGCCUUCGGUAGGGGAAGUUCUGUCUCCAGGCCUGGGGGAGCAGUAGGGAACUCCAGCCUGGUGUCUGCCAGGCUGCAGGCCCUGAGGGGAAGGACCUAGCUGGUGCGAGGGGCCGAAGGGGAAGCGGCCCAGGGACGUGGACAGACAGACGGAGGGAGAGAAGGAGGCCAGGACGGCUUCCAAUAGAGGGUUCUUGGGUUGGGAUCCAGAGUAGUGGGCGGGCCCAGGUCCCCCCUUCCCUCCUUGCCUUACACGCGGCCGAUGGGAGUGGCCAUCUAGGGCUGCCCCAACACCCUGCCAAGAGGAGUGUGACUUUGGGGCUGCAGUUGCCCAUGUUGGCCGGGGCACAGAGAGGCAGCUGAUUGACCCCCCCACACCUUCCGGAAGGACUGUGAGGAUGGACUAAGGGGCAGUGCCAGAGGGCAGUGGCUCAAAGAGGACCCCGCAUGUUGGGAACAACGCUAAUUGAAGUGCCUGCCAAUGAGGGCAGCAGCAUGAAAUCUGUACUGGAGACAGCAAUGAACCCUUCUGGAGCAUGGCUGAAUGGAGCUGUCUCCCAGAUGUUUCACCUGAUGGCCGUGGUGUGCCUUGCCUGUGUGGUUCUGAAAGCAAUCCAGCUGUACCGGAGGAAGCAGAAACUACUCAAAAUCUUCAAACGUUUCCCAGGACCUCCCACCCACUGGCUGUAUGGCCACCUUCAAAUGCUUCAACAAGAGGAUGAACUAGACAAUACAGCGUCCUGGGCAGAACAAUACCCACACUGUUACCCCAUGUGGAUUGGCAGUUUCUUAGGAUUCUUGUGCAUCAACCACCCUGAAUAUGCCAAGGCGGUCUACAGCAGAGGAGACCCUAAGUCUCUUGUGACAUACAGUUUCCUGGUUCCCUGGAUUGGGCAAGGAUUGUUGAUCUUAAAUGGGCCAAAGUGGUUCCAGCAUCGGAGGCUGUUGACGCCGGGGUUUCACUUUGAUAUUUUGAAACUUUACGUGACCAUGAUGGCAGAUUCUGUCCAUGUGAUGCUGGAUAAAUGGGAACAGCUGAUCACACAGGAUAAGUCAGUGGAGCUCUUUGAACAUGUCAGCUUAAUGACUCUCGACAUCAUCAUGAAAUCCGCUUUCAGUUACCAGAGCAACUGCCAGACUGACAGUGACAACUUAUAUAUCCAAACGGCCAUGGACCUCAGCUUGAUGGUGUAUCAGAGAAUCCAGACCCCCCUGCAUCACAACCAUCUCAUUUACUGGCUCAGUUCUCAAGGGCAUCAAUUCCGCAAGGCCUGCAAAUUAGCACAUCACCAUACUGAUAAAGUGAUCAGAGAAAGAAAGGAGUCCCUUAAAGAUGAGCGAGAGCUUGAAAAGCUCCAGAGGAGGCGCCACCUGGACUUUCUGGACAUCCUUCUGAGUGCUAAAGAUGAAAAUGGAGCUGGAUUAUCCGAUGAAGACCUACGUGCCGAGGUGGACACGUUUAUGUUUGAAGGUCACGAUUCCACGGCUAGUGGGAUCUCCUGGCUCUUGUACUGCAUGGCCCUGCACCCAGAGCACCAGCAGAGAUGCAGGGAAGAGAUCAAAGAGAUUCUGGGAGACAGAGAUACUGUUCAAUGGGAUGACAUUGGGAAGAUGACCUACACCACCAUGUGCAUCAAAGAGACACUUCGUCUUUACCCUCCGGUACCUGUCGUAGCACGAGAACUCAGUGCACCUGUAACAUUUGUUGAUGGGCGUACCUUACCAAAAGGUUCCCUAGUUUCACUGAAUAUUUAUGGUCUUCACAGAAACCCCACAGUCUGGCACGAUCCAGAGGUCUUCGACCCUUUGAGAUUCUCACCAGAGAACUCAGCUGGACGCCAUUCCUAUGCUUUUCUGCCGUUUGCAGCUGGACCCAGGAGCUGCAUCGGGCAGAGGUUUGCCAUGAACGAAAUUAAGGUGGCUCUUGUGAUGACUCUGCUACGCUUUGAACUCUCCCCUGAUCCAGCCAAACCCCCCAUCAAAAUACCUCAGGCUGUCCUACGCUCCAAGAAUGGGAUUCACCUGAACCUGAAGAAAGUUCAGUGACACUUAGAUCACUGGGACAGGAAUGUGAUACAUGACAGAGUUUAAUCUAAAUUCUUCCAAGAUUAUCAAAACUUUUUGCUCUGAUUUUGACUUUUAUAUAAAAGGCAAAACGAAAAGUCGUUCUGAAACCAACAAAUCUAAACUUGUAUCGGUGUCAAAAAACACUGAUAGAUUUUUUUUUCUAAACAAAAUUCUGUCCAAAGCAACAAUUCCUGUCAAAAUUUUCCCAGUCGGUUCUAGUGAAAACAAAGGCUGUGUUUUAUUUCUGCAGAUGUAUCCCUGCUAACUCUUCAUUGUGAUUAACUAAAAAAUUAUUGGGGGGGGAAGGGCUAUGGAGAUGCAGCUGUGUAUUUUGAUUGAUCAUCGUAAUAGUUUAACAAGGGCUUUACCUAUUCACCCACGAAAGCUCAUGCUCCAAAACGUCUGCUAGAUAGGACAUAAAUCAAUGGCAGGUUCGUUGCACAAAAGUUGCCUCUCUCUUUAAUCUUCCCCUGCCUUCCAUUCAGGGCAAUGCAAAGGCUUAUCUGGUGCCAUGGGACGGCCUGAUUCAGCCCUUCAGCUAACUAAAUUAAAGAGAGUGCAAAUCCUGGUCUACACUGAAAAGUUCUACAGGUAUAACCAUGUCGGCGAGGCAUGUGAUUUUUCACUGCUGGUGUUAUACCAGUAAAAGCCCUAAUGUGCAUUCACUGACAUCAUUAUUAAAGUGUCUUAUACCCAUAUAGUUAUUCCCGUCCCAUACAGAAACAGCUAUACUGGUACACAGUACACUUAUACCCAUAUAGCUGCAUCCACACAAGGGAGGGGAGUUGUCCCACUUUACCUUUAGUGGCAUAGUCAAAGCGGCACAACUUUCGACUGUACACGGUAGAGCAAAAUUGUGUGUGGCUGAUCAGGCAUCCCAACGACCCAGCAAGCAAAUUAAUCAAUGUUUGUAAGGAUUAAAUUCAAGUG